UGGAGGAAGUGCAUAGAGUCCUGAAAGGUGGUACGAAGGAUCAAGUUUCUUUACCUGAGAGACAGUCCAUGGGAAUUUCAUGUCUAAAAAGGCCCAAAAAACACGAUUUAAGCUACCUGCCUCCACAGCCAGUCCUAGAGAUGUACGUCCUCGGCUCGGAAGGAAAUUGAGAGGAGAAUCAUUUCUCCGGCAUCCCAGCCAAAGCCCAGCGACCCAGCCCAGCCAGAACCAGAGUUCAGAGGAUGCUGCAUCCUCGGUGGUGGGACCCAAGGACAAAGGCCAGCAUCCCCCUCGCGGACAGAGUGCAAAGCGUGCAUCCGUGACAAGAAGGUUUUUUCUCCGGAACCUCAGGCAACACCCGAAGGCUCAGUCUGGCCAGGACCAGGAUUCAGAGGAUCCUGCAUCCUCAGAUGUGGGACCCUCAGACACAGACCAGCGUUCCUCUCUUGGAUCGAGUGCAACCGUGACAAGAAGGCCUUUUCCCCGACACCUCAGCCAACGCCAGGCAGCUCUGAAGGACCAGGACCAGAGUUCAGAGGAUGCCGCAUCCUUGGAGGUGGGACCCUCAGGCAAAGGCAAGCGCCUCUCUAGAAGAUUGGGCACAAUGGUGACAGGAGCGUCGCGAUUGGUCAUCCGCAAUGCAGAGGCGGGGUCUAAUUCCUGCAACUGGGCCUCAGAGACACCACCAAAGCGAGAGAAGCUGCACCUAGGGACGAUGGCUACACCAAGCCUUGGGUCCCACGAGGUAGGUGCGGGCCAGAGAGGGGACAAGAGAGGAAAGGGUGAGUGAAAGUCCGGCCUUCAUCUUGGCCAGAGGCACGAACACGAACCCACCCCCAGCCCCCGCUAGGGAGGGACUCUGCUCUGGGAAGAUCAAGACACGCCCCACAUGGGCAAAGGUAUGAAAAGGGGUAGCGAUCUGGUGGGUGUCCCCCGGAGGUCUUCCUAGGUUUCCUCAUCAGGGAAAUUUGGAUGAUGAGAUAACUCCAUAAGGCUCCAUAAGGACCUCAAGCUCAGCUUUGUACACGGGAUGGGUCUCCACUAGGAAUGGGUGAGCUGGUACGACAACAUCCAUUUGACCCUUCUUGCUGGCACAGAGGAGCACUGCACAGGGGAGGAAACAAGGAGGUCUCUGAACCUCCCAGCAUCCUAGCAUCUGCUAGCAAGACUUCUUGUGAAGGCAGCUCAGACUCAACAGUAGCAGACCAAAAUAUGUAACAGACCAUACAGAGGAGAAAGUAAGGCUGGGUCUGACCUAUGGGAGCCGUUAGAUGAACCUGGAAUUGACUGCAGAAGGAUGUCUCCAUUCUAUUUGUAUACCACGUGCCAGGUGCUUUUUGGCCCCUCAGUCACUGGAAACAUGGCUAUAGUGUUAUCCCUGUGUUUUAUGGCCGAGGAAAGAAGCAGAGAAAGAGAAGGGGAAGAUCCCUAAUCUGAGGAAGUAGGAUUUGAACCUGUGCAUUUCCCUUCUGAGAUAUCACCACAUGCUCUUUGUUUCUUGUCCCUCUUCCCGUCAGAUCCUGGCCCACUCCCUAGAGAUUGGAAACAGGUCCGUUUCCUCAGGGAGCCGCCGUGGUCUUCUUUGGCACCUCCGAGCCAGGCAUUCUAGAGUUGGCUUGUUUGAGAUCGGUCCAGGACAUGAACUACAUAGAAUGACACGGAUGAUGCAGGAAGGGCUGUGGGCUGCCACCCAAGUCUCCAGGAACAACCCACCCAAGGGACCUCCUACCCAGAAGGAUUUCCUGGAAGUCAUGACCCAAGUUCACCAAGAGGGCUUUGAGCUGGGCACCUUGGCUGGCCCGGCUUUUGCACGGCUGAGGCAAUCCAUUGGCCUGACUGAAGAGGACUACCAGGCUACUCUUGGCCCUGGUGACCCCUAUCUUCAAUUCUUCAGCACCUCCAAGAGCAAGGCCAGCUUCUUCCUGACCUACGACCAGCGCUUCUUUGUGAAGACCCAACGACGGCAGGAAGUGCAAGUGCUGCUCGCCCACCUGCCCCGCUACGUGCAGCACCUGCAGAAGCACCCACACUCCCUGCUGGCACGGUUGCUGGGAGUAUACAGUCUGCGGGUGGCUCGAGGGAAAAAGAAGUACUUCAUCAUCAUGCAGUGUAUCUUCUACCCUACCAGCCGCAUCUCUGAGAGGUAUGACAUCAAAGGCUGCGAGGUAAGCCGCUGGGUGGAUCCAGCCCCUGAGGGCAGCCCCCUUGUCUUGGUGCUAAAGGACCUCAACUUUCAAGAAAGGACCAUAAGACUGGGAUCCCAGCGGAGCUGGUUCCUCCAGCAGAUGGAGCUAGACACCACCUUCCUGCAGGAGCUAAAUGUACUGGACUACAGCCUCCUGGUGGCCAUCCAGUUUCUCCACUCAGACGAGAAGGACAGUUACCAUUGCAUCUUCAGGACAUUGAGGUCCUUAAAAGGUGCACCGAAGUUGGAGGAAAUGGAAGGACAAAACCGCCGGAUGCUGCCCGACCUCCCCAAUGCCCUCCAUAUCUUGGACGGGCCAGACCAACGCUAUUUUCUGGGCUUGGUGGAUCUGACUACCGUGUAUGGGUUUCGCAAACGGCUGGAACAUCUGUGGAAGGUGAUGCGCUAUCCAGGCCAGAGCAUCUCCACUGUUAGCCCGGCUCACUACGCCCGUCGCCUCUGUCGGUGGGCGGAGGCGCAUACUGAGUGACUCUCAACUCUCUGCCUUCUUCCCAUCUGGACAAUGCUCCCGCAACAAGUUUCCAGCUAUACCCAGGGAGCUAGCCUGCAGUUCAUCCCAUCAGCCACAAGAGGGCAGCACCCUCAUAACUAAUGCUGUGAAGACUCAGCCCCAUUCGGUGACGGUGCUGUACCCUGCCUAGAGCAAGGACCCCGACCCCAUCCCUACCCUUAACUCAUUUACUAUUAAAAAAUGUUGAUAUUCUCUUUUUACAGA